GCUUCAUUCUCUUCUCUACAUUCCUGAACAAAUUUUGAAGGAGCACAAGAUUUGGAGAACUUUAGUACAUAAUCAAUCAAAGCCUAACACCCUCAGACAAUCUACGUUCUUCCACGUCUUUCCAGCACUCGACAUCAUCAUGUCCCCCACCACCGAGCCCUACAGCUUGACAGCAACCGAAGCAGUCGCUGAAAUCAAGUCUGGUCGCUUGACUGUAGAGAAAUAUGCUCAAUCACUUCUAUCUCGCUACGAAAGCAGGGACUCUACCGUCCACGCAUGGGCGUAUUUGAACCCCGAACUGGUCCUUCAGGAAGCAAGAAAGCUUGACGCAAUCCCACCAGCGGAACGCGGACCCCUUCAUGGUGUAGCUAUUGGCGUGAAAGAUGUUAUACUCACGAAAGAUAUGCCGACGCAGUACAACUCACCCAUCUACAAGGACGACCACCCCCAGCUAGAUGCCGGCUCAGUCAUAGUUCUGCGGAAAAACGGAGCUCUCAUAUAUGGAAAGACCCACACUACCGAAUUCGCUGCCACAAGCGUCGGGCCCGCAGCGCGUAAUCCCCACGAUACUACCCGCACCCCGGGUGGCUCUUCUUCAGGAUCUGGUGCUGCUGUUGGAGAUCUGCAGGUCCCGAUCGGAUUGGGCACGCAGACGAUCGGUAGCACGAUCCGCCCAGGUUCUUUCAAUGGCAUCUACGCCCUGAAGCCAACAUGGAACAGCAUAUCGCGAGAGGGCCAGAAGCUGUACUCGCUGAUCUUCGAUACGCUUGGGCUGUACUCUCGUAGCGUGGAAGACCUUCGACUACUCAUCAACGUAUUUCAGCUACAAGACGACGAGCCAGGGGAGCACUUCUCAGUGAAAGGAGCCAAAUUUGCCGUACUGAAGCUCAAGACACCGAACUGGCCAGAGGCGGGGAAAGGGACGAAAGACGCGUUAGAUCUAGGCGUGCAGCUACUCACAUCCCACGGCGCUGAAGUAGAGGAACUUGUACUGCCGGACGAGUUCGAUGACUUGACGGCAUGGCACCUGCAAGUUCUCAGCGGAGAUGGCCGGAUCGCUUUCUUGCCUGAUUACUACUAUGCGAAGGAUAAACUCCACGAGUCUUUGGUAGGUCACGUAGAAAACAGUGAAAAGUAUUCGAGGAAAGAGCAGCUCAAGGCUUUCGAUGGACUCGCGGCGUUGCGGCCAAAGAUGGAUGCGAUCUUGGAGAAGUAUGCUGCAAUUAUUGCUCCCAGUGCGCUGGAUGAGGCGCCGGUGGGCAACAAUACCGGGAACGCGACUUUCUGCGGGAUAUGGACGGCUUUGCACCAACCUGUCGUCAACAUACCCGGCUUCAAGGGCGCGAAUGGAAUGCCUAUCGGAUUAUCAGUGAUAGCCCCGAGGUACCGAGAUCAACACCUGUUGAGGGUGUGCAAGGAAGUUGGGAAGAUCUUUGAGGCGGAAGGCGGUUGGAAGAGAAGUUUGUAGUUUGGUAUCUUCAAUAGAAUAAUACUAGCCUUGCAGAU